AUGUCCAAGACUCUUCUCUCUCGCAUCAAACCCCUCCACACCCCCAAACCCACUCGCUCAUCUCCCUCUUCACCGCCUCACAUCAAGAACCUGGUCCACGAAACCAUCCACAUCCUCACAACCCACCAACAAUGGGAGCAGUCCCUCCAAACCCACUUCUCCGAAACCCGAACGCACGUCUCCGACGUCGCCCAUUUCGUUUUGGACAAAAUCCCCAACGCCGAGUUGGGUUUGAAGUUCUUCGACUGGGCUUUCCGGCGACCCUACUGCUGCUCCCCAACUGGGUCCGCCUAUAAUUCUCUCUUGAAGCGUUUGGCUUGGUUUGGAGUGGUUUCGGAGAUUGAGAAUGUGAUGCAGAGUAUGAAAGUGGAAGAUGUUAAACCCAGUAAGGAUGCUUUGAGCUUUGUGAUUCUGGCGUAUGCUGAUUCUGGGUUGGUUGAUAAGGCUCUUGAGUUGUAUGGAUUUGGUGUCCAUUCGUGUGGUUCGGUUCCGAGUGUUUACGCCUGCAAUGCUUUGCUUAUGGUGCUUGUGAAGAAUGGGAGAGUUGAUGUUGCACGCCAGGUGUAUGAUGAAAUGCUUGAGAAAGACGGUGGUGAUGGUGAGGGUGUAUGUGUAGAUAACUACAGUACUUGUAUCAUGGUGAGGGGGCUGUGUAAGGAAGGCAAGGUUGAAGAAGGGAGGAGGUUGAUUGUGGAGAGAUGGGGAGAGAGUUGUGUGCCGAAUGUUGUGUUUUAUAAUACGCUGAUUGAUGGAUAUUGUAAGAAGGGAGAGGUUGGAAGGGCUGAUGGGCUGUUUAGGGAGUUGAAGUUGAAGGGGUUUCUGCCUACGUUGCAAACUUAUGGAGCUUUGAUUAAUGGGUACUGCAAAGAUGGGAACUUUGUGGCGAUUGAUAGGCUUUUGAUGGAAAUGAAGGAGAGGGGUUUGACGGUCAAUGCACAAGUACAUAAUGCUAUAGUUGAGGCUAGGUGUAAGCAUGAUGGUUCUGGUACUGCGGUGGAUGCUGAAGCGAGGAUGAUUGAGAGUGGUUGCGGGCCAGAUAUUAGAACUUACAAUAUUUUGAUUAAUAGUUCGUGUAAGAAAGGGAAGGUUGAGGUAGCCGAGCAGUUUCUAGAGCAGGCAAUGAAGAGGGGAUUGGUUCCGAAUGAGUUUAGUUAUACUCCUCUAUUUCAAGUCUAUUGCAGACAAGGGGAACACUGUAGGGCCCUGGAUUUGCUUGUUGAGAUGACAAAAAGAGGUCACAAACCUGAUUUGGUAUCUUUUGGAGCCUUGAUUCAUGGACAUGUUGUUUCUGGGGACGUUGAUUUUGCAUUGACAGUCCGGGACAGAAUGAUAGAAAAUGGGAUACUCCCUGAUGCUUGCAUUUACAAUGUGUUGAUAAGUGGUCUUUGCAAGAAAGGGAGGGUUCCUGCUGCCAAAUUGCUGCUUGGUCAGAUGCUUGACCAAAAUAUACUACCUGAUUCAUUUGUUUACGCUACUUUGGUAGAUGGGUUAAUCAGAAAUGGGAACCUUGAGGAGGCUAAAAGUAUAUUUGAGUUAGCAGUUGAAAAGGGUCUAGAUCCUGGUGUUGUGGGGUACAAUGCUAUGAUCAAGGGUUACUGCAGAUUUGGAAUGAUGAAUGAUGCACUGUCAUGCCUCGAAAAGAUGAAGAAAAAGAAUCAUCAGCCUGAUGGGUUUACUUACUCCACAAUAAUUGAUGGGUAUGUCAAGCAGCAUAACUUGGAUGCUGCAUUGGAAAUUUUUAAACUGAUGGUGAAACAGAGAUGCAGGCCAAAUGUCAUUACGUACACCUCCUUGAUCAAUGGUUUUUGUCGCAAAGGAGAUUCUGAUGGAGCUGUAAAAACUUUCGUAGAGAUGCAAUCUCGUGGUGUGGAGCCAAAUGUAGUCACAUACAGCAUACUUAUUGGGAAGUUUUGCAAGGUAGGUAAACUUGCAGAAGCAGCCUCCUUUUUCGAACUAAUGCUGAAGAAAAAGUGCCAUCCUAAUGAUGUCACUAUCCAUUAUUUGCUAAAUGGGUUCACAAAUGUUGCAAUUUCAAAGGAAGCGAAUGAAUCUCAAGAAAAGGAGAAAUCUAUUUUUCUUGAUUUCUAUACAAAAUUGAUUUCUGAUGGAUGGUCCCAGAAGUCUGCUGUUUAUAAUUCCAUUCUCAUUUGCCUUUGUCAGUAUGGAAUGGUUGAAACUGCAUUACAGUUGAACGAUAAGUUUAGAAAUAAAGGUAUUGAUCUAGACUCUGUUUCUUUUGCGGCUAUGCUACAAGGUGUUUUAUUGGGAGGAAGAUCAAAGGACUGGAAGAAUAUCAUCUCUUUUAACUUGAACGAAAAAGAGCUCCAAACAGCUGUCAGAUACUCGCACAUAAUAGAUUUUCAGUUCCAUGGAGGAAAAAUAUCUGAAUCUACACUUGUUUUGCAGUCAUUGGUUGAAGUUGAUAAGUCUGAACCUCAAGAAGUGGAAGACACAGAGAGAUAG